CGACCCAAUUCUUUCAGAACGCUCUAGGGCUCGGCCGGCCGAGCCGAUGAAGAGCAAACAAUCCUCUCAAGGCUCUACACUUAUAUAUACAGCUACAAAAGGGGAAAAUGAAUCUAAUGAACAAGUGGAUAUAUCAGAGUUUGAUCCAACGGGUCAAACGUGUCCUCCUGGCGGAAAACCAAGAGUAACAACCACCUUUUGGGAGGAUGAAGGGACGCUUUGUUUUCAAGUAGAAGCCAAAUCAGUAUGUGUUGCACGUAGAGAAGAUAAUGAUAUGGUUAAUGGUACGAAACUUCUCAAUGUUGCAGGAAUGAGCCGCGGCAAACGAGAUGGUAUUCUUAAGGGAGAAAAAGUUCGGUCGGUUGUUAAAGUGGGAGCAAUGCAUCUUAAAGGCGUUUGGAUUUCAUUUGAAAGAGCUCUAGAAUUUGCGAAUAAAGAGCGUAUUACGGAUCUUCUUUAUCCUCUUUUUGUGACGAAUAUUAAGGCAUUUUUAUAUCAUCCAACUAAUUAUGUACGAACGACGGCGGUAAUGGCGGCAGCACAGCAUCUUCAAAUGCUUAGAUUAUCAAGAAACCGAAAUCAUAGUGUUGCAAGACGUUUAAAAGAAAGACAAAUGACGCCGCCUCAUACUGCACCAAUUUUAAUGAAUAGAAGAUGGUCUCAAGAAGGGGCAUUGCCUAAUAAUACAUCAACAUAUAUGAAUGCAUCUACAGUAACACAGUCACUCCCAGUAACCCCGGUAACAACACCACCCGGAUAUUUUCUUCGUUCAACAGUUCAAUCAUCAGAAGAAAGACCGCAAAACUAUGUUUUUUCGUAUUCUGAACCAAGAAAUAAAAUAUGCCAUAGAAAACAAUUUCAGCAGACAUACGGAAUUCCUGUUUCACGAUCAUUAUGGGGAAUUUCGAGAGAAAGACGAGCAUCUGCUUCUUCAUUAUCAUUAGACCAUGAGGAAUUGAAACAAACAUACGAAGAAGAUUAUAUUAAACAACAUCCACCUUUAUAUCGAGAAAUAUUUUCUCAACAAAAUCAGCCAUUUCAUGAAUUAAUGGUUCAAAAUCCAUCUUUAUUAUCCCCUGUUGCCCAUGAAUAUAUACAAAAAGAAGGUAUUAAUGCAAAUUCGGGUGUAUCAAUGACACUUCCGGGACCUGCAUAUCAAGCAUCAGAUGAUGCAUCAACAAUUAAUUCGCAAUCAUCAUAUAGCUAUCAAUCUGUAGAUGAUACUUAUUUAUAUCUACCAAAUACUACAAAUAUGCCUUCUACAUUAAAUGAUCUAGACCCAGGACAAACAACAAGUACACAUUUUCCUAUUACAACAGCGAUAAAUCAAUGGGAACAGCGAGAUGUAUUAAGCCCUAAACGUUAUUCAAUUGGUCAUAAUAAACAACAUUCAAUAUUUACGAAAACAUGGUCGCCUCAAACAUGGAAAGAGGCAUCACGAUGUAACGACUUUUAUCAUCAAAUAGUUGAUACAAAUUUGAAUAAUCGACUCUCUCGAUCUACAUCAAUUGAUCAAGCAUAUCUUUCAUUAAGAAAUGUAUCAGAUGAUCAUCAAAAUGAUUAUAGCAAUAUUCAUUUAAACACAGAAAGUAUCACUAAUAAAGAUGAAACAAAUGGGUUUAACAAUGCAAAAUAUAUUGAACAAGACAUGUCUGUUUCAUCUAACUUUAAUUCAACUCUUUUAUCAGAUGUCUCAGAUAUGAAAGUAAACAUGUUUUCUAAUAUGAAACCUCACAAACGUCGAAAGACAAUUCAUGAAUAUAUGCCAAUAUUGAUUCAAGAUAAUUUAACUAAUGUAAACCUAAAUCAAAACGUUCAAGACGUAGAAGCGAAUAGAUGUCAUCUUAUUCUCGACAUCUGAUUAUCUAAGUUUAUGGUUUUAUGAUUAAUAGCAUCUUAAUAAUAUA